AAUAGGUGUGGCAUACACAGACUGAAAAAAGAACACACACGCAGCUUCCUGAAAUCAGUGAAGACGAAAAAAGGAAACUACCAGCCUUCAGACUUUACUGAACAGAAGCAGAGAGCAAAAGUCUCACUCUUUUACAUCGACACCUUUGGAUUUAACCUUGAAAACUUCAGUGUUGUUGGCUUUACAUUACUAUUCUAUCACCAACAUGUCUGAUGACAGUUCCACUGGAGUUCAUUUUGCUGUACUUCCUAUAGAAAAUGAGACUGGAGACGGUGUGACUGUGACCAACAAUUCCAGGAGAAUUCUUCACAGCAGCCAGACCACAGUCUUCCUCCCUCUUGUUUACAUCUUCAUCUUCGUUGCAGGGUUGCCCACCAAUGCCAUGGCCCUUUGGGUGUUCUUCUUCAGGACGAAGAAGAAGUAUCCAGCAUCCAUCCUAAUGGCCAAUCUAGCACUGGCUGACCUGCUCUUCAUCAUGUCGCUCCCACUGAAGAUCACCUACCACUUCAAUGGCAAUGACUGGACCUUCGGGGAGCCACUGUGUAAAGUCCUAGUGGGGUUUUUCUAUGGGAAUAUGUACUGCUCCACUAUCUUCAUAGCAUGCAUCAGUGUCCAGCGCUACUGGAUGAUUGUGCACCCACUUUCUCAGAAACUGAAUAACCGUGUAACAGUGUGUGUAUGUGUUUGUGUGUGGAUUGUGGUCUGGCUCAUCACUGCACCGCUAUACCUGUAUGACCAGACGGUUAAAGUCAACAAUCUCAACACAACCACCUGCCACGACAUCACUCGCCACAAUCAAACACAUUUCCCUAUUAAAUGUUUCUUGACCAUGGGCAUUUUGGGAUAUGUAGUCCCAUGUGUGGUCUGUAUAGUAGCAUACCUGCUGACCUUUAACUCCCUUAGUAGGUCCACGUCAGACACCAGCUGCAGUAACAAGAAAAGGAAGGCUAUAAUUCUCAUGAUAACUGUGCUGGUGAUGUUCCUGGUCUGCUUCACUCCCAGUAACAUCAUGCUAAUGGUGCAUUACUCUCUGCUGGGUGCAGGGCUUCAGAACGAUGUCUAUAGUUUCUACAUGGUUGCUCUGUGUCUGGGCAGCCUGAACAGCUGCCUGGACCCAUUUGUGUAUUACUUUGUCUCAGAUGAGUUCAGAGGGCAUGUGAGGAAAGCCCUGAUGUGUCACAGUUCCACAACCAAACUUUCCUACAGAUGUAUGAAAACAUUCACAAGUAGUCCUUCUCCAACAAACACAACAUCUACACCUACAUCUACACCUACAUCUGCAUUCACAGUGUAUAAAUAGACUGACCACAUCAAAGGUUCUCUGAAUGCAACAGUCAAACAUGAAAAUGGACAGCUUAAUCAUGGUUAACUGGGCAUUCUGGCCUAAAACUAGCAUUUAAUAGGUGAGUCCUUAUCCACAUAAACAUAUAAAACUAAUUUUGGGAAUCUUGCCCCAUUAAGACACAACUUUGUCUGUUACUGUACAUUUUUGAGCCAUUUUUUUUUUUGUGUAAGAUGUUGGUGUGAAUGUGGAUUAGCUGUGGUGACCACAUGGCAAGUCACUAUGAACUCUCUGCUUUAAAAUGUGGUCUUACUCUCAACUCUUGAGUUUACUGUUCAUAAUGUAAAUGUAAAAGAUGACAGAGUAUGAAAUCUGAUUCACUAUGUAUGUUUUUAUCAUUUUUACUUAUAUUUUUGAAAUAUGGCUGGGCACAAUUUAGUAAGACAAUGCAUCAAAUACAUUUUAUGGGUACAUGGCUACAUAUGGCUACAUAUUCAGUUAAUCUUAUUGAAGUUGUACUGCAUGUAUUUCAGUUUGCUCUGGUGAGGACAUUGUAGGCUGUAAGUUACAAAGAAAUAUGUCACACUAUAAAAGUUAUAAUGUUUCACACUGUAAUAGCAUGGUCAGUGAAACAGUGUUUAUCAGUGCUUGGUGAAAAGUUGCAC